AUGGAGUCCGAUACAGACUCAAGAACGGUCUACGAACCAACUCCGAUGGAAAAGCCCCAAAACGAGGAGAAGGAAUGGGGUAUGAAGUCGCAGGUUGUCGAAUUCAAGGAGAGAGACAAGGCCUCUGGUUUCCCAGAUAGAGAGCUUGGCGUAACAUGGACCAACCUCAACGUAGAUGUUAUCGCCGCCGACUCAGCUAUCCACGAGAACGUGCUUUCUCAAUACAACAUCCCCAAGCUCAUCAAGGAGUCUCGACAGAAAGCACCCCUCAAGACCAUCCUCGACAACAGCCAUGGCUGCGUUAAGCCUGGUGAGAUGCUCCUCGUUCUCGGUCGCCCUGGUUCAGGCUGCACCACGCUUCUCAACAUGAUCGCAAAUAAACGCCGAGGAUACGCCAAGAUCGAGGGCGAUGUACACUAUGGAUCCAUGACAGCUGAGGAAGCCAAGACGUAUCGAGGACAGAUCGUCAUGAACACAGAAGAAGAACUCUUCUUCCCUGCCCUGACUGUUGCUCAGACUCAGGAUUUUGCUACGCGUCUCAAAGUACCCUUCACUCUCCCCCAGGGUGUUACCUCCCAUGAGGAGAUGAGGGUGCAGACCAGAGACUUCCUACUCAGGUCGAUGGGCAUUGAGCACACUGUCGAUACCAAGGUUGGUGAUGCUUUCAUCCGCGGUGUCUCUGGUGGUGAGCGAAAGAGAGUCUCCAUCAUCGAGACCCUAGCCACGCAGGGUUCAGUCUACUGCUGGGACAACUCAACUCGUGGUCUAGAUGCGAGCACUGCUCUAGAGUACACCAAAGCCGUCCGAGCAAUGACCGACGUCCUCGGCCACGCCUCAAUCCUCACUCUCUACCAAGCCUCCAACAGCAUCUACGACCUCUGCGACAAAGUCCUCGUUCUCGACGAAGGAAAGCAACUCUACUACGGCCCCGCCAAGGAAGCAAAGCCCUUCAUGGAGAACAUGGGAUUCAUCUGCCAGCACGGAGCCAACGUCGCCGACUACCUCACUGGUGUCACCGUUCCCACUGAACGCCAGAUCCAUCCUAGCCACCAGAACCGAUUCCCACGAACUGCCGAUGCUCUUCGGGCUGAGUACGAGAAGUCGCCCAUCUAUGAACGUAUGCGAUCUGAGUAUGACUACCCUACCACUGAGAUUGCCAAGGAGAGGACACGACUCUUUAAGGAGGGCGUUCGUCAGCAGAAGGAUAAGAAACUCUCUGACAAGAGUCCCCUGACCGUUGGCUUCUACGAACAGGUCAAGGCUUGUGUGAUCCGUCAGUACCAGAUCAUCUGGGGCGACAAAGUCACCCUGAUCAUGAAGCAGCUCAGCAUGAUUCUACAGGGCCUCGUUGCCGGUUCACUUUUCUACAACGCUUCUCCAGACUCUAGCGGAUUGUUCAUCAAGUCCGGUGCCAUCUUUGUUGCUCUCCUUGCGAAUUCUCUCAUCUCCAUGUCUGAGGUCACAGAUUCCUUCACCGGCCGUCCUGUUCUGCUCAAGCACAAGUCAUUCGCCAUGUAUCACCCUGCAGCAUUUUGUAUCGCCCAGGUUGCAGCCGAUAUACCGAUUGUUCUUUUACAAGUCACGACGUUCUCACUCAUUGAGUAUUUCAUGGCGGGGUUGACGUAUACCGCUUCUCAUUUCUUCACCUUCUGGAUCCUGCUGAUUGCUAUUACCAUUUGUAUGAUUGCCCUCUUCCGAUCAAUCGGUGCAGCUUUCGGUACCUUCGACGCAGCCUCCAAGGUUUCAGGUCUCAUCAUUUCCGCAACAAUCAUGUACUCAGGCUACCUCAUCCAAAAGCCCCAGAUGCACGAUUGGUUCGUCUGGAUCUUCUGGAUCAACCCCCUCGCCUACGCCUUCGACGCUCUGUUAUCGAACGAGUUCCACAACAAGCACAUCCCUUGUGUGGGCAACAACCUCGUUCCUAGUGGCGCUGGCUUCACCGAUGGCGAUCAUCAAGCUUGUGCUGGUGUGGGUGGUGCAAAGCCUGGUCAGAACUUUGUCACUGGCGAUGAUUACCUGGCUUCUAUGUCUUACGGACAUGAUCAUCUGUGGAGGAACUUUGGUAUCAUCUGGGCUUGGUGGCUGCUCUUUGUGGUCAUCACCGUAUAUUCCACCACGAAGUGGCAUGCUUCUUCCGAAGAUGGCCCAAGUCUGCUGAUUCCUCGAGAGAACGCUCACAUCACCGCUGCCCUCCGUCAAUCCGAUGAAGAAGGUCAAACCAACGGUGAGAAGAAGCUCUCAGGUAGCCGUGAUGGCGGCGUCGUCUCCGAAGAUGACUCUGAUAACGCCAAUACCGAAGGCCUUGUCCGCAACACCUCGGUCUUCACCUGGCGAGGACUCACUUACACCGUCAAAACACCCUCCGGAGAACGUACCCUUCUCGACAACGUUCAAGGCUGGGUCAAGCCAGGCAUGCUGGGCGCUCUCAUGGGCGCUUCAGGUGCUGGAAAAACGACUCUUCUGGAUGUCCUGGCUCAGCGCAAGACAGAAGGUACUAUCCAUGGUUCCAUCAUGGUUGAUGGCCGCCCUCUUCCCAUCUCAUUCCAACGAUCUGCUGGUUACUGCGAACAACUCGAUGUCCAUGAACCUUACGCCACCGUCCGCGAAGCCCUCGAGUUUUCCGCCCUUCUUCGACAAAGCCGUGACGUUUCCCGCGAGGAGAAGCUGAAGUAUGUUGAUACAAUUAUUGAUCUUCUCGAGCUCCAUGAUCUUGCCGAUACACUGAUCGGGCGAAUUGGUUCUGGAUUGAGUGUCGAGCAACGAAAGCGUGUCACUAUUGGAGUCGAGCUAGUCUCCAAGCCCAGUAUUCUCAUCUUCCUUGAUGAACCCACCUCUGGAUUGGACGGACAGUCAGCGUAUAACACCGUUCGAUUCCUUCGCAAGCUUGCCUCCGUCGGUCAAGCCAUCCUCGUCACAAUUCAUCAACCCUCAGCCCAGCUUUUCAGCCAAUUCGACACACUGCUCCUUCUCGCUAAAGGUGGAAAGACUGUGUAUUUCGGCGACAUUGGCGAUCAUGGCAAGACAGUCACUGGUUACUUCGGUCGUCACGGUGCCCCUUGUCCUCAAGAUUCCAACCCUGCUGAGCACAUGAUCGAUGUCGUAUCUGGCACUUUGUCUCAGGGCAAGGACUGGAACGAGGUCUGGCUAGCCUCUCCCGAGUAUGAAGCUGUUGUGAAGGAACUCGACCACAUCAUCACCGACGCUGCAUCGAAGCCCCCUGGUACAACGGACGACGGGCACGAGUUUGCCACUUCCAUGUGGGAACAAACCAAACUUGUCACGCAGCGCAUGAACAUCAGCUUGUAUCGCAACGUCGACUAUAUCAACAACAAGUUCGUCCUGCAUUUGACCUCCGCUCUGUUCAACGGUUUCACAUUCUGGCAAGUCGGUAGCGGAGUCUCAGACUUGCAGCUCAAGCUCUUUACAAUCUUCAACUUCAUCUUCGUCAUGCCUGGUGCCAUUGCCCAGCUCCAGCCUUUGUUCAUCAACCGACGAGAUAUCUUCGAGAAGCGAGAAUCCAAGUCCAAGAUGUACAGUUGGUGGGCUUUUACCACUGGCCUUAUCGUGUCAGAGUUCCCGUACCUGGUUAUCUGUGCGGUGAUCUACUUUGUCUGCUGGUAUUACACCGUCGGUUUCCCUGACACUUCAUCCCGCGCUGGUGGUACUUUCUUCGUCAUGCUCAUGUACGAGUUCCUUUACACUGCCAUCGGUCAAUUCGUCGCAGCCUACGCCCCCAACGAAGUUUUCGCAACCCUCGUCAACCCUCUCAUCAUUACCAUUCUCGUCAGUUUCUGCGGAGUCUUGGUUCCCUACAGCGGUAUCCAGCCUUUCUGGCGCUACUGGGUCUACUAUAUCAACCCAUUCAACUACUUGAUGAGCAGCAUGUUGACCUUUGAUCUGUGGGGAUCUGAAGUUGUCUGCAAAGACAAGGAACUAGCAAGAUUCAGUCCUCCCAACGGCAGUACCUGCGGCAGCUACCUUUCCGAGUGGUUGACACAUGUCCCGAGCAACCUUCUCAACCCUGAUGCUACUGAUGAGUGCAAGGUGUGCUCGUACACCAUGGACGAGGACUACCUGCGCACUCUGAACAUUAAGGAGUACAGUUACGGUUGGAGGAAUGCUGGCAUCACAACGGUGUUUGUCUUCAGUUCUUAUGGCUUCGUAUACCUUCUCAUGAAGUUGAGGACGAAGAGAUCCAAGAAGUCCGAGUGA